UCAAGAUGAUGAUAGCCGGCGAUCUUAUGAAGUGUCGUAUUUUAAAAAGACUUGACCAUGAAAACGGCAACACACCCAGACUGAAGGAAAGUCGCGACGCUUCUUCACAUCAGGGGACUAAAAUAUCUUGAAGAUAUUCUCAUGAUUCUUCAGCCGCCAAGCGAUCCAAAACUUGGCAACUUCCCCGAGCCAUCAUCACUUUGUAUGCCGGUACGCCUAUCAUCACAAGAAGUACCCGUGACAACAGUGCAUCUACUCUCGCCCUACACAACCACUCUUGUGAACACAUUACUACUGCUCCUGGAACACUGCACUGAAACUGCCAUCAUAACCCGUGAGUGUAACAUAUGCAGAUGGCUUCGUGCGUCGGCGCGUCAUCAUGCAGGGCCAGCGAGGUACAGCCAGCAUCCAUUUGCAGAUGGCAAAAGAGCGUUCAAACACGUGUCUAGUACAAAACUGAAACACGUGAAAGUUCAUAUUAUAGUGUUCUGGGCUGUGACAUCAAGCAGGACACCAACACAUUUCGGAGGGCCAUACUGCUUCCAGCUUCAGGGCAGAAAGGUCUGCUCCGCCGAAACAUUGAUAGAAGAGUAAGGCAUAGCUCAGGGGGUUAGUCGUCAUUUCCCACGGCGGCGACCAGGAUUCGAGCCCGGGUCAGGUCAUGUGGGAUUUGUGUGGGCAAAAUGCCAAUGGGGCAGGUUUUCUCCGAG